AUGGCGGCGACUACCCCGGCAGCGACCGCCAGCGACCCGACGGCGACUACCCCAACAGCAGUCGCCGGCGCCGCGGCGGAAGCCACACCCGCAGUGGCCGUCGACGCCGUGGUGGUUCCUUCGAUGGUUCCCGCGACGCCCCGAGCCGCGGCAGCCGCGGCGGCAGCGUCGACCACCGACGAGACAGCGGCCGCAGAUGCCGCUGGCACGGAUUCUUCUGUUACCCAGCAAGAGGCGGUCCCUGCCGGGGGCUCAGAAACCCCACCAGCCUCGCAGUCCCCAGGCGCGGGUGAGGCGGAGGUUGCAGAGGAGGAGCAGUAG